CCCGUCCGGCGUCCACCAGUCGUCGCUUCGCAGUGUACGUUGGUUGUCUUGUGUUUACUAUACGCGUUCAUUCACUUUUACCUCUUGCCGCUGUUUUGUUGUUGUUGUGACUCGUGAAAAUACAUAUAUAUAUAUUUAUAUUAUCGUCGCACGUUUCGCGGUUGACGAUAAAAAAAAAAAAUUCGUUACUUUGUCGCAGGACGCGAUAUUUUUAUAAUUCGUAAUCGGCCUUUAUCGCACGCGGUCGUCCGUUACUACCUAGCUAUGAUGUUAUACCAUAAAUAAUAAUAAUAAUAGCAUCAUCAUCAUAUACGGGUGUAAUAAUAAUAAUAAUAAUUACAUGUAACGCGCGUGCGGUAGCCGUGUAAAUAAAUAAUAACAACUGGUAGCCGCCGCCGGACAUUUCGAAUCGACCUAGUAGUGCUCGGGUGUGUGUAAACUGUAAAGAAAAAACUGUUAACGAAUCGCGUGCAUCGGAGGAAUAGGCCCAAAAGCAGAAGGAUCCUUGUGUUUUUGUGGCUAUCACUCAACUGUUAUUGUAAUUGUUCGGCAAGAACGUGCAUAUCGUGAUUACCACCACCGUGUACACCAAACGUGAAAGCUGUGUACUUGCGGUGCGACCGCCCAUCGUGUCUCGCGGUAUAAUAACGUCUUAAGUCGAAUUUGCCCGAGUAUGUUGACAAUAUUAUACAAUUAAUAAUAUAAGAAAAACAAAAGUUGUUAUCGAAUCGAAACCGGUACAACACCACGAAUAGUGACCGACGGCAAUAAUAAUAAUAUUAUAAAACAUAAAUUUUUUACUGCACUGCUAGUCUGGCAUUGUAUAGUUUUCGGUUAAUAUAUAAAUUUUUUUUAAAAAAAUACCAAGUACAAAAAAGUCGUUUAAAAUAAACAAUAAGUGUACGGAAAGAUUACCACGAGUUAUAACAAUAAUAGUGCAUAAUAUUAGUCGUUAAUACUAAACGACCCAUGAAUAAUACAACGGUUAAGAUGGAGAAAUUUCAAUGGAUAAACCCCGACCAUCAUAGCAUAGCGGUUGACGACCAAAAGCAACCAGUGCUUAACGAAAACGGCGAUUUGAUCGUCUUGGACAACGAAAGUGGAAAGUGUAUCGCUGUGCCGAAUUCGGACGACGUGCUGGAAAUUUUCGGUUUUGGAUAUUCCACAGGUUACGGGUCGCCCUCGGGAUCGCCCAAAGAUUCGCCGGACCGCGACUUGAAACCCAUCGUCCAAGUAGUCACAGACGCCGACACGCUGUUGUGGAGCAUGAGGACGCCGUGCCAGAAAGACAUCGAGGCCACCAGGGAAAUGCUGGCGCUGGUGGCGUCCAAAAAGUACCAGGACAUGUUUAACGACCAGUGCACGGUCAAGAUACGCGUGUGGAAGCGCAUAUGCGAGGAGCUGAUGAACAAGGGCUACCGGAUCGCGGACUCGGUGAACGAGGGCGGCAUCAAGUGCCACCAGAAGUGGCGCAACCUGGAGAAAUCGUACCGCAACUACCUGAUCAGCUCGACCGACCUGAACAGCUCGGCGCCCAAGAAGCCGCCGCCGUACUUCGAAGCGCUGCACGAGAUACUGAAAAAGAAAAAGAAGUACGCCAACGCAGCGUCUUACUCGUACUCGCAGACGGUGGUGGUGGGCGACGAGAUGAUCGGCGACCCGGACGCCAGCGGCGGACACCUCAACGACACGGACGUGAUGGAUGACAUGGACGACAUGGACGGCCAGAACGACGACCACUGUUACGUGGUCAACAGCUCGGGGCACGUAUCCAAGCGGCUCAAGAUGGACCCGCUGGCCGUGUGCUCGACGUCGGGCGGCUCGGGCUCCGGUGGCGGUGGCGGUGGCGCCGGCAACAGCAGCGGCCCGCGCGUCAAGCACCAGCAGCCCGACGUGCUCGAGCAGAUCCUGGAGCAAAUGGUGCGCGUCCACCGGGACACGAUGGCCAUGCAAGAACGGCAUUUCAACCGGCUGGAAAGGCUGAUGAAAGAGAACGCGAUCCAGAGCAAACGGCUGGCCGACGUCCUGGGUCGUCUGACGCACAACAGGGACGACAAGCAACACGACAAGUCGGCCGCCACCAAUUCGGACGUCGAAUAAAACAGCAUUACCGCAAAACGACACUAUUUACUUUAAUUCCAUUUUUUUUGCUUUUUACAUCUGACUUUAAUUAAAAACAGACUUUUUUUUUAAAUAUUAUAUUUAUAUUUAUGAUAACAAUACUAUAAACAGUUUUUUUAAAAAUCUCAUAUUUUGUAAGUAGUACAAUAUAGGUACAUAAAUAUAUAUAUUUUAAAUGUAUUGUAUAAUAAUUCUCCUCUCGUGUAUUGACAUUACGCGCAUUUAUAUUAUAUACAUACAUUAUGUAAAAUAUUACAUAAUUAUAUUCUUAACCGCCGCCGGUUUUCAAGUCUACGGUAGGUAACGUGUUUCGAAUAAAAAUAAUAUUAUAAGUAUAAGUUUGUACAAAAAAAUUAUAAAUAUAUAAAAAAAAAAAAAUGUAAAAAACAUCAAUAAAAAAUGACAAG